GUUCCUACUUUCUAUGCGGGACUUGAAACACGACGACGCCAGCCGCACCGCUGGCCGCUCCCGUACCGUGUUGAUAUGAGCCGGCGGUGUUUCUAGUCGCGCAAUGUUCCUCACGCGUGUGCUCUGCAAACUCGUACUGUGGUUACUACACGCGCUGCUCGUUGUUGCAGAGACGCUCUCGCUGAUUAGACACCGCUUGCUACACAGGUUAGAGUAUAAAAGUGUCUACAGCAACUCAAAGUUGGACCCGGCGAAGUUUGCGUGCUCUCCGAGCAGCGUUCAUCGAAGCUUGCACUCCUUCUGCAAAGUUCCGAAGCACGUAGCGGUCGUAAUUGGGGAAAGCCUCGUCUCUUACCGAGAUGUCGCGAACCUUGUUGUGUGGUGUUUGUUCGCGAGGAUACCUCACGUAACGCUGUACGACGUUGAAGGAGUGAUGAAGAAGAACUGGUCGGAGCUGUACAAAGAAGUUUUGAGAAGUCAGAAGAAGCACUUCGGAUCCUGCGACACAAGCAAAGUUGUGCUUUACGUCGAGGGAAAAGAGACGACUGAAAAGAAUGGUCGGAAUGGCUACACUCACCACGUGCACGUGCGCUUGGCCAGCAACGAGGACGGUCGGCCCCUCUUCGCUAAAUUUGCGCGCAAGUUGUGCCAGGAAGUGAAGGAAGGGCGACUUUCUCCCAGUGAUAUUGUGCCUGACCUAAUACAGAAACAAGUUUCAGGUGAUUGGCCAGAUCCAGACAUUCUUCUCAGAUUUGGCAAAGCACACAGUGUCUUCGGCUACCAGCCUUGGCAGCUGCGGCUUACAGAAAUUAUAAGCCUGCCCACUCACCACAACCUUAGGCUGUCGGAGUUCCUGGGUGCACUUCGCACGUACGACAACCGGGAACAACGGUUUGGGAAGUGACUGUGAUUUCAGCCCACUGCAGACAUUACCGGUGAAGCCCACCGGCAACACACACCUCAUUGGGAGUGCAGUGCUUCCAGCCGUUAAAGAAAAAAAAGGACAUUUCUCAUCUGUCGUUGGGUACUUACCGGCAGUUCCUGUCAUUUUCGUUACACCUGCUUUAAAACUGUUACACUUUAUAACAUUACCGGCAAAAUCUGCCACAUGUGGUACGAUUAAAAAAAAUGUUUGUUUAAUCCAAAAGUUUUGUUUAGUAAUGAUUGGUAACUGCUGUAAAUAUAUGGAGUUUUUUUUUCCAAGCAUACAUACAUUGCACCUCUGGCUAAGUGUAAAUAGUUGGGGUGCGAACCCUCCGGUUAUUGUCUUUCUUUUGGGGUGGGGGUGGCCAGAGUGAAUGGUUGAAAUCUGGCAACUGGAGAUUUUGUGUGACUGAAGUAAAUGAUUGCAGUUUCCUCGA